AUGAACCUCUGGUGGCUAUGGCUUAUAGCGCCCGCCGUGGCCCUGAUUGGCGACAAUUUGGAAGAUUUCAAAGACUGUGUCCAUGCUUGCAACCUGAUGAUGAUGUGUGACACCGACGACGUCCUCAAAACCAUCCACGACACGCGGAUCCAGCAGAUCAUGGAAGGGCGCCCCGGAGACCAAGUGGCGGUGGCCAAGCUGAAACGGAAGGACCUCUACUUCUACGACCGCCGGUUUUUCCAGGAACUGUACCGCCAGCACCCGAUGUUUGACCUCUGGUGGCUGUGUGCCGCCGACUGCAACUACAAGUGCCAGCAGAUCGUCACCCACUGGCGCCACGAGCACGGCGAGCCGAUGGUGAAGUUUUAUGGCAAAUGGCCGUUCACGCGGUGGCUCGGAAUGCAGGAGUUCUUCCUGGCGAUCUUUAGUUUCGCCAAUUUCUACGUCAAUUGGUUGGCGGUGAAACCGGUGCUUCGCCAAGUGCACAAGAAUAGCAAGUCCCACAUUGCUCCCGAGUACGCCCGCAUUCUCCGCCAGUUCUUGUACUUGAUUUUGGGGCUGAUGGCUGGGUGGUUGCUUCUGACGGUGUUCCACAUCCGCGACGUCCCCGCCACGGAAACUUUGGAUUAUUUCGGGGCGUUUGCCAUUGUCCUUCUCAAUUUCAAUGCUAUUGGCUACCGCCUACUCAAAGUGUGGAGAUGGAGCGGUAUGGCACGCGCCGGGUGGCACCUGGCGUUGCUUCUCGUGUACGUGUUCCACUGUACCAAGCUCUACUUGCACUGGGACUACGGCUACAAUACUCGGGUCAACCUCGUGUUUGGCCUCGCGGCGCUUGCGAUGUGGGUCAUCCACUCGUUAUUAGUGAAACGGGCAUUGGCUACUAGUACCGUCGACUACUCCAGUCUGGCACAGUUGAUGCCGUUUGAGACGGCGUUGCUCAAUAAGCUCAAAGUGGUGGGCAUCAACAACUCCAAAAUCAUUCCUUACUUACCCAUCUUACUCAAUAUUAUCAUGCUUUUAGGGCUUUCGUUUGAGCUCCGCGACCGGCCGCCGUGGUUCCAGAUGAUCGAUGCCCACGCCAUGUGGCACUUGUUCACCAUCUGGCCGCCGCUUUUGUGGUACGACUGGAACAUCUGGGACGUCGAGUUGCUUAAGCUCCGCCAGGAGGCCACAAAGGCGAAAUAA